UGCCCCAACUCUAGUAUAAAAGCAGUCUGUCUUUGUUUAAAGGUGUUGAAGUCGGCGGCACUGCACUACGCACACAGAGAAGAUGGGCAGAAGAGGAAGCGUAGGAAAGCAUCCGUCAAGACGUCAAUCGACGCUAUCCCUCACCGUGAUUAAUCGGAGAAUAGAAUCCUGCAACAUCAGCCACCUCUCUUCCGAUGAAAUUGCUGAGCACCUCUACUCAUCUUACCCUGACUACAAACACUACAAACUCAUUCCCUUCCGCUCCAAAAUACGCCGAAUGCUCAGCACAUCUCGCCCUCCUCCAACCACUUCACAGAACGACCUUGAUAAUGACGAAGGUAUUGCGUCUCCAGAGCUUCGAAGUCCGUGUCGGAAGAAGCAGAGACAGGUAAUUGAAGAGAGAGAAAGGAAGUUGAUUAGCAGAGAGAAUUCUCACCUUCAAAUGAGGAGGAGGAGAGAGAGUUAUUCUGAUUCAUCGACUUCGGUUUCGACUUCUGAAGAUGCUGUUUAUGGGGAAGCAGUGGCGCCGGAGUUCGAUUUGAUGAAGUCCAUGCUUAGGGCGGGAUAUGGGGAUUCAAAAUCGACACCCAAUAUGAAAACAAAAGCUAAAGGAGUUGUUGAGGAGGAUAGGAAUGUGGAGGUGGAGGAUGUGAGGAGAGAGAAAAAGAUAGCUAUGAAUGCGGCGGCGGCGGGGGCAGGGGUGGGGAGAGGAGAGAAGAGUGCUAGUGAAGUGGUGGAGGAGAGAGAAUCCAAGGGUGGGUAUGGGUUAAGUGGAGGAAGUAGUAGUGGGGAAGUGAAGGGUAAAGAAGGUCCAAGGUUUAAGGAUUUUGGCGGGAUAAAGAAAGUUUUGGAUGAAUUGAUUAUGGAAGUGAUGGUGCCGCUUUACCACCCACAAUUGCCUCAGUGGUUGGGAGUCAAACCCAUGUCAGGGAUUUUGCUGCAUGGUCCUCCUGGUUGUGGAAAGACUCACUUAGCUCGUGCCAUUGCCACUGAGACCGGUGUUCCUUUCUAUCAAAUUUCUGCUACUGAAGUCGUCUCUGGUGUCUCUGGUGCGUCCGAGGAGAAUAUUCGUGAUCUUUUUGCAAAGGCGUACAGAACUGCACCAUCCAUUGUAUUUAUUGAUGAAAUUGAUGCAAUCGCUUCGAAGAGAGAAAAUUUACAGAGAGAGAUGGAGCGGCGAAUUGUUACUCAACUGUUGACUUGUAUGGAUGAGUCUUAUAGUCUUGUGAAGCCUAGUGAUAAGCAUCCAGAUCCUCAAGUUGAUGAUAAUACAUCUGGGUAUGUUCUUGUUAUUGGAGCUACCAACAGACCGGAUGCUAUUGAUUCUGCAUUGAGAAGGCCAGGACGAUUUGAUCGGGAGAUUGCCUUAGGAGUUCCUGAUGAAAAUGCAAGGCUUGAUAUACUUUCAAUAUUGACAAAAAGUCUAAGGCUUGAUGGUGAUUUUGAUUUAAUAAAUAUAGCCAAGGCCACCCCAGGGUUUGUUGGUGCUGACUUAGUCGCCUUGGCUAAUAAGGCGGGUAACCUUGCCAUGCAGAGGAUCAUAGAUCAACGGUGGUUAGAGCUAUCUGGGCAAGACGGGGAGCUUGUUGAAGAGUGGUGGAAGGAACCUUGGUCACCUGAAGAAAUGAGAAAGCUAAGCAUCACAAUGGCAGACUUUGAGGAGGCAGUGAAAAUGGUGCAACCAUCUUCAAGAAGGGAAGGGUUCUCUGACAUUCCGAAUGUGAAGUGGGAGGAUGUUGGAGGGCUUAGCAGAUUGAGAAAGGAGUUUGAACUUUAUAUUGUGAAUCGUAUUAAAUUUCCUACACAAUAUGAGGAAUCUGGAGUGGACUUGGAGUCAGGUUUUUUGCUUUAUGGCCCCCCUGGUUGUGGGAAGACUCUGAUUGCCAAGGCAGUAGCUAAUGAGGCUGGAGCUAAUUUUAUCCACAUCAAGGGCCCUGAACUUCUGAACAAAUAUGUUGGUGAAAGUGAACUGCAAGUACGGACAUUAUUCAAUCGUGCGAGAACAUGUGCUCCAUGCAUAAUUUUCUUUGAUGAGGUGGAUGCUCUAACAACAGAGCGUGGAAAAGAAGGGGGCUGGGUGGUUGAGCGGCUUUUGAACCAGCUUCUUAUUGAGCUCAAUGGUGGAGACCAUAGGCGUGGUGUUUUUGUAAUUGGUGCUACUAAUCGGCCUGAGGUGAUCGACACUGCAUUACUAAGGCCUGGAAGAUUCGGAAAGUUAUUAUAUGUUCCUCUACCAGAUCCAGACGAGCGUGGUCUGAUUCUAAAAGCUUUGGGUAGGAGAAAACCAAUAGAUUGCAGUGUGGAUUUGCUUGACCUAGGGAAGAGACAGGCUUGUGAAAAUCUGAGUGGAGCUGACCUUUCUGCACUGAUGAAUGAAGCUGCAAUGGCUGCACUGGAAGAGAAGCUGAGAUUACCACAGAGCAGCUCCGAUACCCUUCCAUUUACUAUCAAGUCUACACAUUUCGAACAAGCCAUGAAGAAAGUUACUCCAUCCGUCUCGGACAAGCAAAAGCAGUACUACGAGAAAUUAUCCCGGACCUUUCGUACAGCUUGAAACGAUCUUCCAGCUUAUUUUUGGCUAUGUUACUUAGACACGGAUUGAUUGUCUACUGAGAUACGGGUGUCCAAGUGUCUGACUCGUCUAUUUUGUAGAAAAAGUCAAGUUUUUAGCUUAAAAUGAAGCAUCCAAGUAAAGUGUCGUAUCGGACACGACACAACAUCCUGUUUUUGAGGUAAAUGAAGGUGUCAGAGUAACACUGAUUUUUGGAUUUUGCUAGCUGUCUAGAGGCUCUAGCCAACAUGGCGCCAUUAUAGAUGUCCUCAACAUUGAUGUGGCAAUUUUUUUUAUACUUUUGUAAGGGUUUUGAUUGCUUAUAACAUGUAGAUCUUUAAGUGAUUCUGGUAUGUUCUGUCGAGAAGGUUGCUGUGUUUAGGCUUCAAGAAGCUGAACUGGGACUGCAACGUUGUUUGUUCUUACAGUUUUCUGUUCAUAUUCUCUGCUUUUGUACUGGAUUUUGUGGUGGUCUGCAGCAUUCCACCUGAAAAUUUUGUUCUCAUGUCGAGGAAUUAAGGAAGAUAACCGGCAACCAUAUCUUAAAACAAUGAUUAGUGGAUAUCCGUGCUGGUUACUAGGUGUCCUUAUGUCAUAGUUAAAGUGUGUCCAUUAAGUAGGUUAAGUCCGUUUAGUAGCCGGUUAAAUAGUCGUAGUGAAUUUACAUGUAAUCUUGCAACGAAAUUCUUAUGUGAUGGAUUUCUUAUAAAUUAUAUUACAGAUAUUUUUUUUAUUGAA